AUGAACAUCUAUAGAGAUUUCGAAGGUCUGUACCUCCGCAAUAUGUUCACGGAUCGGAAUAUGCGCUCCGCGCUGUCCUACAAACCGCUUGACGGGGACGUCUUUGUCGUCAGCUACCCAAAGUGCGGAACGACUUGGAUGCAGCACAUCGUGUACGCCAUAUACCGAGACAGCGUGGCCCCAGCCAGCUUCGCGGAGUUCAUGACCAUGACUCCAUUCUUGGAGCUUCUGGGAGCCGAGGGCGCGCUUUCUAUGUCUCGACCGGGAGCCAUCAAGACGCACCUGCCCUUCAAAAUGCAGCCUUACUCCGAGAAGGCCAAGUACAUCUACAUCACCCGCAACCCGUACGACUGCUGCGUGUCCUUCUACUACCACACGAGGAACAUUCCGCUGUACUCAUUCGAGGACGGCACCUUCGACCAGUUCUUCGACAUGUUCGUCGAAGGCAAAGUCGACUUCGGCGACUACUUCGACCACCUGUUGUCCUGGUACGAGCAUCGCGGGGACAGCAACGUGCUUUUCGUCACCUACGAAGGCCUCAAGAAGGACACUCGCGGCUGGGUCCUCAAGAUCGCCGACUUUCUGGGCAAGGAAUACGGCGACAAGCUGAGACAGAAUCCGGACGUAGUCGAGAAAGUACUCUCUUCGAUAAGCGUCGACUCCAUGAAGAAGAUCAACGGGGACCUGGGAGACUGGGGAAAGAAUUUGAUUAGCGUUUCCUUGGAAGCUCUGCCUGCUGGAAUGAAGUCGUUGGUGGAAGCCAUGGGGAACCUGCUGAAGAAGCCAGUUAAAGGAGAAUUAGUGAGGAGAGGCAUCGUAGGCGACUGGAAGAAUCACUUCUCGCCGGAGCAGGUUGUCAAGAUGAAAGAGUGGAUCGCACUCAAGACCACCAGCAGUGACGUAAUGGACCUGUGGAAGGACGCGGGCCUGCCCUAAAUAUCAACGUCAGUU